AUGAUUGCUUACGAGGCCUUGCUCAACACGUGGAGACCAGCGGGAGACAAGAGGCGGCAGUGGAUUGAUCUGUGUGAGCACAGCAUGCUGCACGGAGGAGACUCUGACAGCACAGGAAUCGUUGCUGCUGCCUGCUGGGGUGCCAUGGAGGGCUACUCAGGAGUCCCAGAGAACCACUACAAGAACUUGGAGUAUCGCAAUCGCCUAGCCUCACUGGGGAAGAAGAUUCACCAAAAGUUUGCAACUGACAUAAUAGGCAGAGAAACAUAA